CCACUCAAACAUAUUCUUCUUCUUCUUCUUAUUAUUAUUAUUAUUAUUUUCUCUUUACCUUUUACUUUUCGAAUUCAAAAACACCGUAACAGAGCCCAGAAUUUUUGGGUUCCAUCCCAACAACAAAGCCACACGAAGAAGGAGAGAGGUUGCAACGGGAAAACGAAGAAGUGUUCUUCUGUUUCUUUGCAACCGAAGAAUCACCCGCUUCUCCCCGUUACAGCUCUCCCCUCUCUUCUUUCCCCUUCAAUCGCACAAGGUGCAGGGUUGAUUCACCAUGGUUGCAACGGCCGCAACGGCGUCGUUUACCCCUGUGCCGUCGCCGGACACGGGGAGAGGAAAGCCAACGAAAUUCGGGUCCGUGAGCGUGGGAGGGCUGAAACCGAAGCAAGGUAACGGUCGCUUGCAGGUGAAGGCACAGGCGCAGGCAGCACCCAAGGCUAAGGGAGCGGUGGUGGAGGACGAAUUGGCAUCUUCGGCGUCGCUUUCUCAUGCUCCGAGGACUUUCAUCAACCAGUUGCCGGACUGGAGCAUGCUCCUCGCCGCCAUCACCACCGUCUUCCUCGCCGCGGAGAAGCAGUGGAUGAUGCUCGACUGGAAGCCGCGGCGCCCGGACAUGCUCGUUGACCCCUUUGGGAUCGGAAAGAUCGUGCAGGAUGGGCUUGUGUUCAGGCAGAACUUCUCGAUUAGGUCCUAUGAGAUUGGCGCGGACAAAACCGCGUCUAUAGAUACCAUAAUGAAUCAUUUGCAGGAGACUGCACUUAAUCAUGUGAAGACUGCGGGGCUUCUGGGUGAUGGUUUUGGUUCAACGCCAGAAAUGUGCAAGAAGAACCUCAUAUGGGUGGUGACCAGGAUGCAGGUUGUGGUUGAUAAGUAUCCUACAUGGGGUGAUGUUGUUCAAGUAGACACUUGGGUUUCUGCAUCAGGAAAGAAUGGUAUGCGUCGGGAUUGGCUUGUGCGUGACAUCAAAACUGGUGAAGUCUAUGCAAGAGCUUCCAGUGUUUGGGUCAUGAUGAAUAAACAUACAAGGAGACUUUCUAAAAUUCCAGAAGAAGUCAGAGGAGAGAUAAGCUGUUAUUUUGUAGAUUCUGCUCCAGUUGUGGAAGAGGAUAACAGAAAACUACCCAAACUUGAUGAUACAGCUAAUUUUAUUCGUACUGGUUUAAGUCCCAGAUGGAAUGAUCUGGAUGUUAAUCAGCAUGUUAACAAUGUGAAGUACGUUGGGUGGAUUCUGGAGAGUGCACCACAGCCACUAUUGGAGAGUCAUGAGCUGUGUGCCAUGACUUUGGAGUACAGAAGGGAGUGUGGCAGGGACAGUGCCAUGACUUUGGAGUACAGAAGGGAGUGUGGCAGGAACAGUGUGCUGGAUUCUCUGACUGAUGUGUCUGGUGCUGAUACAGGCAAUAUAGGAGACGGUGGACUUUUUGAGUGCAAGCACUUGCUUCGACUUGAAGAUGGUGCUGAGAUUGUAAGGGGUAGGACUGGAUGGAGGCCCAAACCAGGAAACAACCUUGGUGUUUUCAGUCAGGUUACAGCAGAAAACAUCUGACUUUGAUUGGCAGUGACAUCAAUAUCGUUCCCACGUGCAAAUUGGAUUAUAAAUUGGAUUACACAUAUGGAGAGCUUUGCUUGUUUUUUUAUCAGAUCUAAGUGUCUUAAAUAUAUAAAAUUUGUGAGGAGGAAGUAGAAAGUAAAAUCUCACUCACUCAUUGUAAUUAAAUAGCUCCUGGCACUACUUUCCCUAGCUGCUCCAUCUUCCAUUUCAUUUUUAUGGUUGUGCUGCUGCUAGGUGUCAUUAAUAUUUAUUCGUUUCAUCAAAAUGGCUAAGCAUGUAUAUUAUAAUUUUUUUUC